AUGGAAGUUGUAUGGAGAAGAAGGUGGUAUCUUCAGCUGGGCUGUAUAUUGAUGCUGAAUUUGGUUUAUGCCAGCCUAGACUAUCAAAAGGAAACACCUGCAAGCCUGGGCCAGAUUGACCAUCAGUGCUGGGAGGUGUCAUCCCAUGCGCUGGUGGAAAUGAAGAAACUCAAGGUAGCGGAUACAGUCAUUGCUCUUUGGGACUUCAUGAUGUUCCUAAAGGAAUCGCCUAAGCCCAAGCACAAUGAACUCUUCAAUGAUUUAGCCCAGAACUUCUGGGAUAUGUACGUAGACUGUGUGCUCUCAAGAUCGCAUGGAAUGGGCAGAAGACAACUAGCAUCUCCCAAAUAUUUUUCCACAUACUCAUAG